AUGGACGAGCAGGGUAUACCAUUUUCAGUACAAGGAACCAACUGUGAGCCACAUGAAAUAUGGUGUGAAGAAGACAACCGCCCAAUUGUAGAAAUGGACAGCCAUGAAUUAAUUUUAUUUAGUAGUUUGCUAAUACUCUUAAUUGGGGUUGCGUUUGCAAUUUUACUAGUAAAGCGUUUGUACAGAAGAGUAACUGCAGAAACACAUCGCAUAAUAUAUAGACCUAGAGGCACAAAUAGAUAUAGACCAGGAUUAUCAACAAUUCAAGAAGAAUCAUUGCCAGAUUCAGAUAUACAAAGUGCGCGCUCUCAGGCAAGGGGAAAUGACAGUAUAAUUGUUCAAACAUUGUACAGUGCAAGAGCCCGAUUGAAUAACCCAGCGUAUACAAACAGACAAGAACUUUCUCCUUUAAUAAGCUCAAGCAGGCCAGAGCACUUUCCCCCAACAUAUGAUGAAGCCAUGAGAAGCACAGCAUCUUCUGUAGGUAGCAAUACCGCAGAGCAAUCAGAACUUCCUACAUAUAUAGAAGCAGUCACUAGAAGCACAUAA